AUGUCGCACCGACCACGGAAACUCCAACGUGUCUCCAGAGCUUGCGACUUCUGCCACAGACGUAGUAUCAAAUGCAGCAGAGGUAAUGACCCGCUAGGUCGUUGCCAAAACUGUGCCGAUUUCGAGGUGUUCUGCACCUUUGAUCGCGCUGCAAAGCGACGAGGGGUAAAGGCGAAGACUGCGGAAAAUGUCGACCAAGUGAGACUGCAGUCUAAUAAGACCUGUGAAGACUUUGAUCCUUCUCUCACAGCACCUGAGAAUGAUUCCUUGCCGUCGGAUGAUCCUUGGAGUAGUCUCAACGACACGUGGUUUACGGCGAUAGGUGAGAAUGAAAGCAGCGCAUUGCAGAAUUCGUGGAAAGCAUUCGCCAUUUCCAGUGAUCAGAUGAUCAAAACUCUCGUCCAGAUAUAUUUUGAAAUUGUAUAUCCAAUAUUCCCUUUAUUCCAUCGUCCUUCGUUCCUGGAGAAACUCGACAAUUACGAGCAUCUAAAGGAUCGAGGACUCUUUGCUUCUACCAUGGCUGUAUGUGCCUUAGCUUCUGCUAGAGCACGCGACGGAGCUCUAUAUUCCGAUCGUUGGCACCCCUCCCAGCUUGCGAAGCCACCUUCGGAGGCUUUCUACGCAGCAGCCAAAGAUUCUAUUCCAAGGGAUCUGACUACGGCUAGAGGGCUGGAGUAUAUGCGUGCGUGUGCCAUCCUCGCCAUUGCUAGCAUCCAGAAUGGACAAACCAAAUGGAUGCAUCAAUAUGCGGGCAUCUAUCAUACCUUGGCUGGUAUGGAAGGACUCCAUGAUGAGAAGCUGUGGCCGAAGCAGUUGAAUCCUAUUGAGAUCGAAGAACGUCGAAGAUUGUUUUGGUCUAUUUAUACCUUAGACAUUUACUCAUCUAUCGUGUGGGGAGGCAUUAUCCGAUACAGAGAAGCACACUCGAUGGUGCGCUAUCCUAGUGAGGUUGACGAUGAAUUCAUCACAAAUAGUGGGUACGGCGUUCCGCCAGCCUCACCAGCAUCGACCCGAACCGACCACGCAGAUAUUACCCUCAUAUCACGCCAGUCCGUGAGCUGGAUUCGUGGCUGGAACUUCACAACGGAUCUCUACCGGAUCCUCGAGCAUGCGGUGGAUUUCCAUCGACGUCGCUGGUCUCAAGGCAAUGGGACAAUGCAAGUGUGGUCUCUAUUUGGACCAGCGUCUAUGCCAGAAGGGAUUGUGCUGGACCAUGUUCUCACUCUUUAUUCCGCAUUGCCGUCGCAGUUUCGAGAAACGCUACCAGUUACAGGCGAUCCUGCUAAAGAUCUAUUUGGGUUUCAAUCUGCCAAUAUCCAAGCAACCUUGCAGCUCCUUCGUAUGGUCCUAUUUUCAGCUGAGGAUCGAGGCGUUGAGAGGAAGUGCGAUGUUGCAGGAGAGUUGCUGGGCGUGUUUUCGAAAGUCCCUGUUGAGUAUCUCAAAGCUAUCAGUUCUCCUCUUCUCCAUCACCUUGCAGGGAUCGGCUGUAUACUCGGGUCCGUAAUGGAAGGGAGUCUCUCCGAAGCAUCCUAUCAGCGGGUUCGAGGUCUACUCCUUGAGAUGGCCGACCUCCUUCGUCGCCUGGAAUCUGGUCUUCAUCGUGCCACAGAUGCCAGCCAAUGGCUCACGUCACAGGUUGAUCGAAUUGACAAGUACAUGUGCACCCAGCACAUUAUCAACCCAAAUUCCGAAGCACAGCAAGACAGUUCUGCCGUAAGCAAUGCUGACUCUCUUACUGGUCAAGACUUCCAGCCCGAGGGGAAUUCGGUUCCCCCGUAUAAUCACAAUUCAUCCGCUGUAGUUGGCUCAACUAUAGCGGAUUACGGUGAUCAGUUGUCGCUGUUUCAACUGCCACAGGAGCUGCUGGAAGAUUGGCCCUGGCCUUUUGAUUCUAUGCAGACUGAGGGGAUGUUCCCAUUGGGAUUUGAAUGA